UUGUUUUAUUGUUUGUUUGUUUGUUUGUGUUUUAAUCUCCAUCACUGAAGUGGUGCCGCUGGGUGGAAGAUCAUGGAGCUUCCACACAGCCUGACCAGUCCCACCAGUCCGUGCGUGGACCUCAAGAGCCUGGACAACCUGCAGCUGUGCGACAGGGAAGGGACCCGGUCGGCGGACAGCGGGAUCGGCGAGCUGGACGAGCUGCCGGUGCCGCAGCAGAUCCGGAUCAGCAACAUCACCUGCGACUCCUUCAAGAUCAGCUGGGACAUGGAGAGCCGCGGCCGUGACCGGAUCACGCACUACUUCAUCGACCUGAACAAGAAGGAGAACAAGAACUCCAACAAGUUCAAACACAAGGACGUGCCGACCAAGCUGGUGGCGAAGGCGGUGCCGCUGCCCAUGACGGUGCGAGGCCACUGGUUCCUGAGCCCGCGGACGGAGUACACGGUCGCCGUCCAGACGGCGGCCAAGCAGCCGGACGGAGACUACGCCGUGUCCCAGUGGAGCGAGAUCAUCGAGUUCUGCACCGCAGAUUACUCCACAGUCCAUCUGAAUCAGCUGCUGGAGAAAGCCGAGGCGAUUGCCGGCAGGAUGCUGCCCUUCACCGUCUUCUACAGAAACCAGCAGAAAGAAUACUUCCACCAGGCCAGCCCCUCUUAUCGUUCCAGAGAUGCUCAGUGUAACCGGAUGCUGCCGUCGGUGAAAGACAACAGCGGCAGCCACGGCUCGCCCAUCAGCGGGAAGCUGGAGGGAAUCUUCUUCAGCUGCAACACCGAGUUCAACACCGGGAAGCCGCCGCAGGACUCGCCCUACGGACCCUACCGCUUCCAGGUUCGUGCAGAAGUCCUCUUCAACCAAAACACCAACAUCUACUUUGGGGAUUUCUACUGCAUGUACACGGCGUACCACUACGUCAUCCUGGUCCUGGCCCCCGAGGGCUCCAGCGGAGACUCGUUCUGCAAAGGCAGGCUGCCGGCGCUGGACCGGUCCGGAAACCGCUUCCUGACCUGCGCCGAGGCGGAGGACGGCUCGCUGUCCUUCCGCCACGCGCAGGACGUGAUCCUGGAGGUGAUCUACACCGAGCCGGUGGACCUGUCGCUGGGGACGGUGGCGCAGAUCAGCGGCCACCAGCUCAUGAGCCUCUCCACCGUCAACGCCAAGAAGGACCCCAGCUGCAAGGUCUGCAACAUCAGCGUGGGACGUUAGCCUGAUCGCCCGGCUGGCUAACUAGCUAACCUGCUAAUCGCUGAAGGGGUGGUCGGAUGGUGGCUAACUAGCGGCUAGCUAAGGUCACCACCUGCUCGAAGUUGGGUUGACGGCUAGCUAGUGGCUGCGCAGCAAACUGUCGAAUUAUUAGCUACCUAUUUGCUGAUCUGUUGCUUAAGUGGAGGCUGAGUUUGUAGCCGGGUUGGAAGCUAAUUGGCCCGACCCCACCGCCACCACCUUCCUCUUGGCUGCUUUUUUUUUUGUUUCGUUUUGUUUCAUUUUUUUUUUUGCUACAGAACCAACUUUAAUGUAAAGCUUUUUAAUUUGUACGACUAACUUAUUUCGAUGCCAAAAGUAGGAUAGCGACCGUGCUUAGCUGUCAAAACAAAACAAAACAAGGCGCUGCUCUCGAAAUGCACAUCCGUUCCUAAACCAAUAAUCAUUUGAAAAGAGUAAAAAGUGUGACCGUAACAAAGUUUUAAAUUCCUAUAUUUUGUUAUUGUUAUUAUUAUUAUUAUUACU